AUGGAACGGACUUUUGGAUUACAGAACAAAGAAAGGCGGAAAAUUAAGAACAAUCGACAGAUGUUGGAGUAUGUCAUUUCAAGUUUGGAAUAUAAAUUAAACUCAAACAAAAAAGAAGUGACCAAUACUACAAAGAAUUCAUCGCCUGAAAAAUCUCCAAGAUGUGAAGACCCUGACACAAUGAAGGAAAAAACUAACAAUCGGACCAAUAACUGCAGCGACAACAACUACUAUUUACGGCAAUUACAAGUAAUGCAGACGCAGUAUGCUCGAAUCAAAAAGGAGCAGAGAGCCCUUUAUGUUUCAAACUAUGAACUGAAGAUGUUCAUUUCUAACAAGAAUCACCAAUUACAGGAAUUACAACGCCAAGUAGAUGAGGUGGACGUGCUUAUCAACAAUGUGUCCAAUGAACUGACCAAAGUGACCAUUCAGACUGAUGCACUGAGGAAAAUGAGAGAUGACCGACUGAGCCCUGGGGUAUUUAAAAAGCCAACACAACAUACUCAAGUAAAAAACAAUAAGUUAAAUGUUGAAGACGCUUGUCGAUUCAUUGCCAAGCACAUUGGUAGACACUGGAAGAAGCUGUAUGACCAUUUACCAUUUAACCCUCCCCGAAGUGCCUCGAGGCGCACAUCAGAUGUAGAAAUGUGGGACAAAAUGUCAUUAUCACAAGAUAGGACAGAUGAAGAAUUGGCUCGUCGGAUAUACACAGGAGGUUGCCAUCCAAGGCUAUAG